CAGUCUGACGUAGUUUUUUUCUUUCCUUUACGUGUAGUGACAUUGAGCAGCAGCUGGUGAGCGCACCGGCGUAACCGAACACUUUUUUUCCAUUUUAACGUAUCACUAAAUAAUCUUAGACCACUUAUGACAUCGAAGCCAAGAGUCAACGGCAAAAACUCACGGUAAGUUGAACUACCCGCGGUUCUGUUUGCGUGAAAGAUGUCGGCUAGCCAACACAGCUAACCUCAGCUGACCUGCUUUCAAGGCUAACUGUUAGCCACAGAGGUUUGGCUGCUAUCUUAGUUUUUUUUAAGUGAUCUAGUGAUCUGUCUAGCUUUAAUGUGUGAGUAAUAUCAGUGAAAAAAAUUAGCCUUAUUGAUUGUGGUGUCAACACUGAAGAAUGGUCCGGCUUAUAUCGAAAAUCGAUAUUGUGAUAGGUAAAGCUAACUGUUAGCGACCUCGGCUAAAAACAGUGUGACCUCCAGCUGAAUCUAAAACCUUAGAUAUAGAGACCUGCUUCGACUAUUUUAAAAUGUCUUGGUCAUCUAAACGAGUUAUGAGUUUUCUCUCUUUAGUGGUUGUUACGUUUGUGUCGAUUUUUAGCCGAUAAUCACUUUCACAGCAUUUCAUAUCCCAAACUUGCCCCGAAAAACAAAUAAUAAAGGUGAUUAAGUGAUGCUCAUUGACUUUAUUUUGUGUAAAUUUAAUGUUUUUUAAAAACAAACAAACACAAAAAAACUGGUGACUGUGAAAGUAUAAGAUCAUAAACAAACAAAAAGCAGUUUCGUGUUAAGUUGAAAUUCCAGUGAGCAAUUGAUAAAGUGAUGAAUAUGAUUAAAUGAUGCGCAUUGACUGUUCAAUUAGUUUUUGUGUUUGUUGUUUUUCAAGUUUUUUUGAACACCUGUGGCUGUGACAGUUUGACAGUGAGAUCGAGAUUAUCAACAGAUGAGAAUUAGUUUGGUGUUGGUGGGAUAUAAUUCCUGUGAGCUAUUGAAAUUUUAAUUUACAGCGAUUUUGUUAAAAUUGUGUCUUUUUUUAAAGCAUUAUUAUUAUUAUUAUUAUUAUUAUUAUUAUUAUUUUAUUGUUGUUGUUGUUGUUGCCGUUGUUGUUAUGGAAAGCUAGUCCAAUUGAUCUCGUUCCAGAACAACUGGGCCUGAGAACAACUUAAAGAAAUGCUAUGGUGUCUGUCUUUGACAAAAUGUUUUCUUGCAUACCUCUGGUAAAGCUCUUGAUGUGUCCUCUUAGACAAGUCCAAGUUUAUCUCGCCCUCUACAUCCAUAAGAGUGGAGGUUAAUAAUUUACGGAUGUUUUUGUGAUUAAUUGCUCAUGACCGCGGAUAUACCACGGCAAUUCACGGUGCUAUGCGGGCCCCCACACAGGCCCCUCUGCAGCAGGCCCCUCCCCCCUGUGCUCAUUGUGUACGUGCGGACCGACAGGCAGUGAUGGCGGACAGUCAGGGAGCAGUUUCCUCAUUCCUCUGAGCUCCGACAGAUAAAAAACUACACAUUAGCCGUUUCCUUUUCCCUGUCAGCGGCCGAACCGAGAGUCGAAGACGCGCCGAGUAGUGUGGAUCUAUUAAUCUGCUGGUUUAUUACCUCUGAGUCAUCAUCAUGAGGUACGGUACCGCUGAACCUUUUAGCUAAAGAGUUAGCCUCCACAUGGCAGAGUAACAGUUUUUCGUUAUAUAAGCUGUAGGUAUGUUACAGGUAAUGGUUUAGUAAUUUAACUGCAAUAAAUAAAGUCAUAAAAGGUCAGUUAUAUGUUGUUUUAGAUGUUUCAUAGUUGUUUCAACCGGUGGGUAAAGCAAGUAGAGUCAACUCCUCCUUUGCUUCAUGAGCUAAAAUCCUGAACAAAAGCAGAAUAGUGAAAUACAAUGCAAAUUUACUCUCAAUACUAAUGUUGUCUUAUGGUGUCAUAACCCUCAGCUGGUCUCUUGGAUAUUACCACAGCCUAAUUAGUAUGUAUUUAGUCCUUAAGGCUCCUGUGAAGGUUUUUUGGUCGGUUAUUAAAGAGGCAGAAAUUAAUAUUGAUCUUUUUUUAUGAGCUACAAAAACAAACCAGAUCUUCAGCAUAAUGUAUUAGUCUUUGUAUUUAGUGAUUUGUAUUGUCUAAAACUUCUGCUGUGUGGUUGGUGUCAGACAAGGAGAGAGUGCACUGCAAGAACAGCCUCUUUCCAACCUUUUCAGAUGUCCUCAAAAAGAUUUGGGUUUAUUGAAUGAAGUAAGUUGAUGUGCUUUUUUAUGUAUUCAAAUAACUUGUACAGGACAGAAUCUGAUAAUUGGGAUACACUAUUAUUUUCAGCAGGAGCCCUAAAAGUGACACUAUCCAAAACAUUCUCACAGAAGUUUUUUACAAGUUGGUGUAGCAUUAGGGAAAACAUGCAACAGUUUCACAUCUUUAAAAACAAACUUAGAUUAAAUAGUAAAGCAGAUUUGAAGUGAUGCUAGGAAUAACUCAAGUAUCUUAAUCACAAUUUGUUUUAAUUUGGGCAACUAUGCCAUGAACCAUUUUGCACAGACUUUCAGUCAUAUCAAACAACUGUCAGAUAAAAACUCUAAAGGCUAUAUAAGCCUGAUAACCCGCAUUUACUGCCAAUAAAAGAAAAAAAAAGAAAGCAAAACACAUCCAAAAAGAUUACAUUAAAUAUUUAAAAUAAUUACUGAACUUAUUAUAAAGGUGUAGGACAACCCUUAUAGUUCACAAUAUUACCUAUUUGUUUACCUGAUAACUUCCAAAAUAAUCAAUUCAAUAAUCAAGUCAGUAAAACGAUUUCUUAUUGCAGUCCUGGAGUAAUGUAAUGCUUUACUUUAUGUGAGGUAGUUUAGUAAUAAACUUCUACUGUAAUGAUCUGAUAUCUUCAGUAAAUGCUUAGUAUAAAUUACAUUUUAAUUGCCAACUCGUGUUGAGACGUGUCGAGGACAAACUUUGAGUAAUUGUUGUUAUGAAUACAGAGACAUUUCCAAGUUGACAGUCCUUCUACACUGAUAGGCUAACACAGACAGAUUUCGAAUGAAAGUAGUGAAAUAUUUAUUUGUGUGUACAGACAUGAGAUAAGACUUUCCUCAGUAUUGACCUUUUCCACGGUGGGGUUGAAAAUGGUUUUCCAUGUAUUCGUCAACUCAGCAAAGACAAACAUGAGCACUGAAUGCACUGUCAAACACUGACCUCUUUGGAGCUCUGGAGUGAAGCUUAAGCUCCUGUAGUUUGAGCUUUCACAUCUCAGGGCUGAAGGUCAAAUAUCGGUCUUUUUUUUCAAUGAGGGAAAGUUAAAUGUGUUUGUUAUCAGACUUGCUGUUUACAGCUGAUACCAAAGCCUCACCGCACCCUCACUCACCCCCACCAGUGGAGGUCAUGUGAUGUAUCAUAUCAACCAUUUCCUUGAAAGCAAGUAAAAGUCACAGGAUCUAAUUCUGUAUCUGUAGCUGGUUUAAAAACAUUUUGAAAUACAAGAUCCCAGAACAAAAGACAAAUAACAAGAGACCUGCUGUGGGUCUGAAGUACCACACCUGGUUUGAAAGUCCUCAAGUAGAUUUUUUCAACCCCUUACCCCUACGCCCUGCCCUCCAUGUCUAGUAUGUUUUGGGGAUUUUGCGGACUGUGUCUGGAAAUAGAUAAGCAGGGACACAACUUCUGUCCUGGUGGAUCCUGUUGAGUCAGAUGACCGCCAACCAAUUUCAGAACAGCGCAGCUGCUCACAAACAAUAUGAUUUCAACUAAGGCCCUCAUCACAACAGACUGAAUGAAACUGUGAUCUGUCGUCAGCUGAGUCAGAUACAGAGCAGAAACCUCACCUGUUUUACAAAGUGACUCACCUGUGUGCUCUGUCCCUUUCAUUCUGUUUUUAUCCUGCCCAGCGUGUGAGCCAGAGCUGUUCAUGUUGUAAAUAUCGAUUAUGAGCACGGUUUGUGUUUGUAAUGAUGCAUUUUUAGGGUGUGUAUCACAAAGUUAUGAACUGCAUGUUUUAAAUAGAUAUGAAUUUGUAUUUCAUGCAAUGGGAAGUUCUUUUUUAAACUCGUAUCUGAAACAUUCAGAAAAAAAUAUAUAAAAAGGUUUGCUGUGGAAUGUGAUGAUGAAAAGCAGAAGUGUAAGAUGAGGAACAGAUGCAAUGUAGUCCAGAAAAGAGAAGUGAAAAAGUUAUAACAGGCAGACAGCCAGAGACGUGGUUUCAUGAUCUGUGCAAGAAAAGUGAGAAGAAGAAUCAACAUUUGAUUUUAAAACAGGUUCAGGAAAGCUGCUUUGGUGAUGCCUCACCCACUUUUAAAAACUUACAUAAGGGCUGAUGUGAAGCUGGUGCUGUUUAUCAUUAGUCAACGCCUACUUUGACCUACUUUAUUUUGAUAUGGUGUCUAUCCUAUUUCCUUUCCAGAAUGCCGUCGGCAGAGGCAGCAGUAAGUGGGCUGAAGCAGUGCAGGCAGGCCCAGGAGCAGCUGGAGGAUGCCAUCAGCAGGGUGGCAAAGGCUGAGCAGCAGUUGAGGGAUAACACCAGAGAGGUUAGGGUCUUCUUCCUCUUUCUUUCUGUUUUUAAAGCUCAUGAAAAUGGAAAGUAACUCUUACUAGUUAACUUAUUGCAUGCCCAUCCCUCAUUUUACAGCAAAAAAUUAUGAUGUUGAUAAGUGCUUUGCCUCAGCAUUAUGCUGUGGUUACACCAGAAACUAGCAGUUAAAGUUUAACUUGCAUUCAGAGCCAUCUGCAAAACAUUCUCUGUUAUUUAGCUGUUCUCUGAAUUAGGGCUGCACAAUCAAUCCCAAAUCUAGCUGCAGUCAAAUGAAAAAGAUGUGAGUUUAAUUCAGAGGAAACAUGUCACAAACAGAGCCAAUAUGUAAUGAAUAGAUAACAGCAGCUGUACCUUUUCAAACUGUUGUUUUAGCUCAAAUGCACUCUUGAACAUUUGUUUAGUCACCACUAAUUUUAUCGAUAAAACAAUAUAAAACCAUGAUGUUGCACAUUGCUUUGUUUUUUUCACAUUAUGUGUCAGGUUUGCUGUGAAAGGGCUGAUUUUAGUGUGGUGAAAAACCAAGUUAAAGUGACAGAUUAUAAAAUGGAUUUUCAUUAACCUUUAAUUGAAGACAUGAAUAUAAAAAACACCAUAAUUGUAUGGUGUAAUUUCCUGUAUUUUUUCAUAUUGCAUUCAUAUCAUAUAGUAUAUGUGAGACAAAACAUUUCCUACGUAUUAACCCAGGCGGUUCCGGAGGGUGGCAGCAGUUUUUAUCUCUGUUUUUUAACUUCGCUGUUGAGAGGGUCAAAUAAAAGUAACCUCAUAAGGAAGAUCUGCUGUAAAGUCAGUCAUUAAAUCUUUAACGUGCAGGAAAAACAUGUUAGUUGUAGCUGUUAGAAGUCUGGCCGUUAUCCAUUAGUCCACUGUACCUGUCGACUCAGCUCUGACCAGACCAUCAACCAAGAGUCAGGUGACCGUCAGCCGAGCAUCAGCAACAGUUUAUCUGCUUUGAAUUUUACACUUUGGACUGUAGGUCAGAAGUGUUUAUAGAUAUGGUUCAUUUAUAGGUUUUUUUUAUGUGUAUAUAGAAAAGCAUAAUUCAUAUCAAGUCAUGGCCCACAGUGCAGCCUUUAUUUCUCGGACUCCUUUGAAAAGCUUGUCACUUUGGCAUACAUAACAAACAAACUGUACACCAACACAAAAAAACCCCCACAAAAGAUGAUGAAAUUAUACAACAUAAGACAAGGGGCACCUGCCCUUUUAAAAAAAACAGUCUCAGUUUGAAAGAAUCUGUCAUAUGAGCGAAGGUAUUACACACAUCGGUCCCCUGAGCAGAAAUGGCUGUUGUCCUGGUGAGAUUUACCAGCAGGCAUCCCAGAAAUCCCGUUUCUAAGCCCUUUGCUCAAAGUGGAACCACAGCGUCACAGAGCACCUGAGCGCCUGAUUAUGUCGACAUUUAAGGAUCAGUUUAAGAUUAGCAAACUCAAUGGACUCAUGAUGAAAACACUUCAAUCAUACACAUACUAACCAGAGUGUGUUUGUGUUUGUGACUAUAAACAUCUAGUCCUCUCAUUGCUAGGUCCUACACUUGUGGCCACCCUCUUGGCUUAGCUUGCCCAACCACUCACUGUCAUGUUAGGUCACGUUACUUGUUUGUGUUUUAUGUGAGUGAGCAGAGGUGGAGCAAAUGGAGUCACCAUAUUUAAGAGUAUACAGAGGGAAGUGGGUGUGUUAGGGCGAGUAUAUAAGUGAGUGAAGAGAUAAAGGAGGUCAUAUCACAGAUGGACUAAAAACACCGUCAACAGCUGCUCUCCACUACUCUUCUUCAUUCUUUUUGAAGCGGGUAAAGCUGUGGGUUUCCAGGUAUAUACUCUUAUAUUCUUUUACAGCACACAGGUAGGUGACACAGGCAGAAUGUUCUGCCUCAGCAUCACCAUUACAUCAUGAGACUACAGCCAACAUCACUCAUAACCAAUCUGCCGAUCAAUGUCUUGUCGGCAGAUUGGUUAUUUCAGGGUUGUUUCUCACCAGUGUCUCUCUCUCUGUCCCUGUGUCUUCCUCAGGUUCGUGCAGAGCUGCAGAGCUGUGUGAGCCGCCAACAGGAGGCGCUGCGCUGCAGAGAGGUGUGGCUGCUAGGGCAGAUCGAGCUGCUGGAGCAACUCAAGACGGAAACUCUGCAGCAGCAGCUUCACCAGCUCCACAGGGUAACUGCUCAUGCUUCCUGGUUACACUGGUUACACUGGUUAAACUGGUCACAGAUUGGUCACUGUGACCAGCUGAAACUAAUGUCCUCAUAUUUUUACAAAAAAUUACAAAAAUGCUAAAUGUCUAAAGCAGAUGAUGCAUAAUAAACAGAGACAUCUAAACCUGGAGAUGAAAUGAUGAGUCUAAGAGUGACCAGUCAGUGGCUCUUCACUCUGACACCCACACACAAUCAACGUAAUAACAUGCAUUCAAUUAAGUUUGCUGUAUUUCAGCUCCGGGGUCAGUUUGACGUGAUCAUCCACCAGCUGCACAACUCCAACAGCAGCAACGACCUGAGCAACCAACUGACCAGCUGCUUGGAGAGGUAACCCCCAGACACAUGCUCCACGCACAUACAUUCACUCUCUAACUAAAUGUAAAUUAAGUGAAUCACUGGUUUUGGUUCCUUCUUGAUGAUAGUGUUUGUCAGAGUGGUGUUUAUGUGUCUGGAGAGGAAGUCUGCCGAGACUCUGUUCUGACACAUUCACCUCUGCAGAAGUUGUCACAUCACAUUUCAAACUCCAGUCCUUCAGGGCCCUUCAUGAACUUUGAUCUCCCCCUGUGUUUGUUUGCAGAUUGUCCUCUCUCAGCUUGACUCCAGAGGAAACACCUGAGCUGUGUUUCCAAGCCGACACUCGCUCUCUGAGGCAAGCCAUCACCUCUUUUGGCAGUAUCACAGCUCAGGUAGAACACUCAUUCUCAUUAAUACACUCACCUACACACAUGUAGACAGGUGAUGCUUAUCAGGUGUUUCAUGCUCUUCUUUUUCGACAGCCUGUUGAAGGUGUGUCCUCUCAGAGCCCUGCCUACAACAGACGUCAGAUGCAGAGUUGUCCUAUUGCUGCCAAGAAGCAGGUGACUUCACCCACUUCAUAGUAAACACAGCCAUAUGAAAUAACUGAUAUAAACAUGCUGUAUGUGCACCAAUCUUUGUUAUUUACCUGACUUUGUCUCCGUAGAAGAUGGAGGCUUCUCUGGGUGAAUGGCUGCUGGGAACUCAACCAGCAAGCAGGACCACAACUAGUUACCAGUUUAGCAAGAACCCUGAGGAUUGGCUGGUGGCACACAAGGACACCAAGGUGGGGCAGAACACCGGUCAAAGCCUUUGAAUUCAAAAACAAAUAUGAAACUUUAGUGUGUAAAGCCAGUUUUACACUUCAAAUAUAAAACUGAGGCCUGUCUUGUGGGGAGAAUGUAAGGUAACUUGGGUUUUCUAGUUUUGAAGACUUGAAUAAAUAGACUUUGCUUCAGGUCUCUCAAUUCUGAUUUACUUAAAGGGGGGGUUGGGGUAGAUUGACAGGUGUAUUGGCAAUUGAGUAGUAUUUUUAUGAUCUAGAGCAAACUACAUGAACUACAUGUUGAAUACACACGUUUAAACUAUGUAGAAAGUGCAGCUUAUAGCUGACAAAAAGAUCCCUCCUGUACUCUCAAUUCACAGCAAAUGAAAAGUGUUUUCAAAGACGAAAGAGACACAGUUUAUCUGGAUUUUGAGCUGGUAAAAAGACUAAGGAAUGGCAAAGGAUCACUUAUAAUACUACUGCUUAUCAUUAGGACACCAUCAGAUCUGUUUAAUGUGCUUUCUCAGUGGUUUUAAAUGGACAGAGAAACAUAAAAAAACCUCAUUAUAGAAUAUAAAUCAAAGCAACAAGCAGGCUAAUUUUCAGAAUUUUGCAGUCCAAGGCUUUGGUCAUUGUUGUAGCUACUGCUUAUAUGAUCUAUGUAAUGAGGGUGUGCUCGUUUGUCCACAGGUCAGGCGGUGAUACUUGUACAAGUUAAAAGUAACAACAUACUCUGCCCUAAAGCCUGGUAUUUUUUGACAUGGAAUAUUUAGUAUUGUUGUGAUGGACCUGAUUGAGCGAAAAACAGAUUUUUGACUACUGUGGACUUUCCUCUAACCUUAUAAAUACUUGUUCAAAGGACAGGCCUCAGUUUUGACCACUUCAUAGUUUAAAAAAAAAAAAAAAAAACAUCUCCAUCCUGUCUCUGUUGAUCUGCUGCAACAGUGAUUUCCUGUGUGUUUUGUCAGGCCUGUCCUGUUCUGGCCUCCAUGGACUUCAUGCAGGCUUGGGGUCAGCUGAAGGACCUUGAAGUGUGGCUCCUCCAGGACCAACAGACUCCAGUCAGCAGGGAGAGGACCAAUAGCAGCUGCAGCUCCUCCUUCUCCAUUGAGAAGAUCGAUGAAUCUGAGUUCAUUGCCUAUCCUGAUGAGUACGAGGAGGACGAAGAUAAGAUGAGCGACUGGCUCAUCACACCGUCUCCAGUUCCAGUGGAUACCAUGUCAGAUGCUGAGCGGUGGCGUAGGGUGUUGAAGCCGUUUGAGAACAACUGGUCGUCCAGUGAUUGGCUUGUGGGGCCGAGUCCCCCCAGUGCAGACUGCUCCUCCUGCUGCCAGACCAGUAAGGCUGUAGAAAUCGAGAACCUGGGACAACUCAAAUGCCUGAAGACUCCGCCCACUUCCAGCCCCGUCACCCCGACCCCCACAACCUCCCCGAUGGCCUUGGAGGCAUGGCUGCAACAGGUGGCACCACUGCAGCAGACCUGCAAGGCCAACGAGGUUUGCUCCACCUACUCUGCUUGCAUCUGUGACGAGAACUGUGGGAAGGAAGCUCUGGGUCUCUGGCUGCUCAAACAAGACGGGCGGGACAAAAAUGGAGUGAAGAAUUCCCCAUCUCCUGCCAAAAAUGCCCCGCCCACCAGCGUCAAGAGUAUCCCACCCACAACAGUCAAGAAUGCCCCUCCCACCAAUGCCAAAAACACUCUACCCACCAUUAAGCGUAGAGAGCAGGAGGAAAAGGUAAACAUCACAGACGAUAUUGACUGAUACUUUGACUUUUGCGCGCCCAAACUCCAUGGUUAGUGUCCGUUAACAUUAAACCACCACAUUUGACAUCACUAGACUAUCAGUCCACCAUGUUUCUGAUAAAUCAACUCAUUCCUCUAUAGAUAAAGUCAUUGUGGGACCUUCUAAAUCACUGUCUUCCCUCCUCAGGUUCAAGCCAUCCUGGAGGCCUGGCUCCACCCUGCCAAUACCUCUUCCUCCUGCAGGGUUCCUCUGCAAGCUCUCACUUCCUCCCUCUCUGGCUGGGUGGUCCCUGAAGAGGAGAAAGCCAGCAGGGAGGAACACAGCUCCCAGUUCAAGUCAUCGUCCUCUUCCUCUUCUUCUUCUUCUUUGUCUCCGUUCCAGCAUCCUCUUGACCCAGGUCUGUGGGUCCUUCCAGCACAGCUGUCUCCUCCUGCUCAGGGAUCAGAAAGUCAACACUCUUCCACAGUGAAAGAGGACAAAUGGCUGCUGAGGAAAAAGAGUCAGGCGCAGGUAAAAGGACCACUGAGACAAGUUUAGGCAAGCAGAAACACAUGCAGAUCUCGAUUAUAACUUGGAACCUGAUUCAUCUUGUCAGCUCUCUGUGAUCAGAUGUUAAUGUUUUGUUCGCUGUGUGUAGGAGCCCCUGGCAUUGCCCACCGUAUGUGACCUGUUCUCUUGUAUGAAAGUGGGUGGAGACAAAGACAAGUGGCUGCAUAGAGCUGCUGAACAAGUGAGUCUGGCAUGUUUGAUAAAUGCAGUUGUUUCAGGUUGAUGCGUCACACAGUCAGUCAUUAGCUGAUCUCUGAAUCUCUUCUCCCUUUUCAGAUGUGAUGAUAACACCAAUAAUGAUGGAUGUUUCUUCUCUCUCUGAGAGUCUCUAUCGCUGAUCUGUGCACAUGAUUGGAACAAUCUUACCACACCCCCACUUUAUUCCUGUGACACUGCAGAGCCGCUGCCCGCCUCACUUCCAAUCAGGAUCAAGGACUUGUUUAUCCACGCUUUAUGUGGAUGUUCAUUCUUUGGGUUGAAAUCAGAUUAUUUCAACCCAUGGCCUUAGUUUUUUACUCAGAGCUGUCAGCCCUGUCUCCCACUCCCAGGAGCUGACUCUGCCGUUGUUGUGACAACAGUACUACGUUCCAACUUCGGGGAGAGCUCUAAAUGUUACAUUAAACUAUUGUGGCCAUUUACCUGAAAUAAUGGUAGAAUCUCCCCCAUGGUAGAAAAUAAGCUGAUUUUGACAAAAAUGAGCCACUGAUCUGCUUAAUGGGAGAUUUAUCUCCCAGAAUGCAUUUCACCAGCCGAUCCUGUUAAGGGGAGAGGGUGGAGUCUGAGGUGUCAGGGUUGAGUCAGAUGCACAGGACUUAACAAUAAGGAUGAUGAAGAUAUAUAUUUAGAUCAUGAGUAGCCUUUGUUGAAUGCAGCAUAUUUUAACACAAGUUUUGAUUUAACUUUUUAACAGAAUCUCUACCUAUUCAGGUGGAAACUUCCUUUUUUCUUCUUCUGUGAAGCGGCUUAACUACAGAGAUCUAAUACUCUCCAGACUGUAGCUUGUUUUAUCACUUCCUGAGUUUGAUGUUUUUACAACAAAGGUGCAGUCACGCCGCUUGUGUUUAGGUUAUCACAUGUUCAGCAGUAUUUCUUCUGCUUUAAGGCCUGAAAUCUAUCUAACUCCGCAAGAGUUUCACUAUAUACAAUAUAUGUUUAAUAUAUCCUCGGGUGCUAACUUCGAGUUAAAUUUUUGUUUCCUGAGUGUAUGCUUGCAGGUUGACUUGAAUAAAACGCUUGUGAUCCCUCAAGCUAGUCACAUGUAACAAACCGCCUGAAAGGCUGAGUGGAGGUGAAAAGAGAUUACAAAUAUACAGAAACAAAAAAAGGGAACUGUGUUUCCCACAAUGCUUUUGUGGAGGCAAUCUACAGUCUGUCUGAAGGCGGGUCACAUGACUCUGUUGUCAGCAGUGAUUGGUGCAUUUAUUAAAGCGUGAUGUAAUUUUGGGUGUAUUUGGGGGUGCUUGCUCAUUUAGAGCUGUGAUGUCUACAGUACCUUUCUUUUCCUGCUGUGAUCCUUUACUGAAUAAAACACGCAGACAUUAUUGCUGCUUACUAGA